AUGACCAGGAUCUGGCAUCGGCUGUUGUCGGAGCUCGUGUUGGUUGCUGUGGUUGGGAAAUUGUUGUCGUUAUUAGAGUUCACUUUCCCGAAGUUGUCGCCGUUGAUCGACCGCUACCUCUUCGGAAGGCCUGUUUUGCAUGAGCACGCACCGGAUUUGGCCCAUAUUCCAGGACCGUUGGGUGCUCAUGGUCAUGUCAGCCAAGAACAUGGAGGAGCUCAUCCGGAGCAUCACAGUGGAUUUUUUCAUUUUUUUGAGUUGGCGGAAGAGACGGUGUUUUUCACAGUGUUGACGUUCUUGGUUGUGGCAGUGUAUCUCCGUUUCGCUAUUUCGUACGAGGUAGAUCGGUGCAAAGCUCUAGAGCGACGGCUUCUUGUGCGCCCGCCAACGUACGCUAUUCG